GGAUCAGGCCCAAGGUACAGCAGGACAGCACAGAGUGGGCAUUGCUGGACCAGCUGCUGCCGGCCACUAAAGAUUUGAGCAGACCAGGGAUGCUUAUUUCAGUCGUGUCGAUGCCCCCGGCAGCAGGUGGCCCGAGACCUGAGGCCCCCCCUGGGGCCCCCCCACCCUUGCUGCCCAAACCCGGAAAAGACAACCAGAGACUUCAGAAGCUACUAAGAAAAGCUGCUCGGAAGAAGACGCUGGGAACAGCCGCCACCUCACCUGGGGUCUUCCGUACCUCCCUGUCCCCUGUGAGUGAGGCCAGUCAUGACCUGGAGACCACAGUCCAACGUCCUGCUGAAGCCCCUCACGUGGUGGUCCCCCUACCCCGCUCCCCACAUACCCCCAUUAUUCACCACGUGGCCUCACCCCUGCAGAAGUCCACUUUCUCUUUCAGCCUUCCUCAGCAAAGGUCUCUGGCAACUCAUUUCAAGGCACCUCCUAGGCUUGAAGCCCCAGCCCCAGAAACUGCCUGGCCCCGCAGUGGCUUUGCCCAUGUAUCUGCCCCUACAGCGGGUGGUACCCACAUCACCCAAGUUCAUAUCCGGCUGUCAUCAUCCUUGCAUACUGGGACUUCUGAGUCCCCCAGGAUGGCCCUGGAUGGGGAUAAAAGCCCAUGUACUUCCAGCACCCAGCCUCUCAUCCCAGUAGCACAUAUUCGCCCACUGCCCACUGGGGUGCAAGCAGUCAGUCCUGGGCCUGAGGAGCCCCCUGUAACAAGACCACCAGCCAGCUUUCAUGCCUCAAUGUCUAGAGAGGCUGGCGCUAGGGUGGUGGUACCCAUAGCCCCUACCUACCGCUCAUCUGGACCCUCACCUUAUAGCCCAGCUCCUGCAGCUCCUGAAGAAGAACACCCAGAGGAGCUGCCCACAGCAAGGCUUGCUAUGGAGCCUAAGCAUGCCUCCAACCUCCCAGAAGCCUUGGGCCCCUCAGGCCUCCACCCAAGCCCUGUUCCCAAAGUUGCACCCAAGCCCUGCCUUAGCGGCUGGACACGGCUAAAGAAGCAGCUGAUGGAGGAGUCAGAGGAGCCUGCAUUUCCAGAGCCAGAGCUGAGCUUGGAGCCCACGCAGCCAGAGGCGCCCGCCCCUGUGUGCCCACAGCCCCCUGCCUCCAGGGCCUCUAGGAUGUGGGAUGCAGUGCUGUAUCGCAUGUCACUGGCUGAGUCCCGUCGAGGCCACCCUGUGGGGCCUGGAGAUGGGGGACACCCCCUGGCCUGCCUCAGCCGCCUGCCUUUUCUGUGCCGACCUCGCUUCAAUGCCCGGAAGCUACAGGAGGCUGUCCGGCCCCCUCCUACCCUGCACCCCAUCCUGGAGCUGCAUUCCCAGCCCAAGAACUUCAACCGGACAGCAGCAGGUUGGAGGCUCCAGUGAUGUAGCCAGAGUGGUCUCUGGGACUCUGGACUGGGGUGGAACAGAGACUGACUGAGGCUGAGGAUACAGAGAGAGAGAGGGCCUCAGUCCUCACAAGUGGACACAAUGGGUCCGGAUGGUACAUGGCCAUGGCAGCUGGCUACUGGCUGCUAAAAGGAGCCUAUUGGAUAGACACAGAUGAGUUGGUGGGAGCAGAAAUGACAAGUGAGAGAGGUGGAAGAAGCCGGGAGCAUGUGGGUGGAGGCAAUUUGAGGGUGUGGAGGAGAAUGCAAGUUGGAGAAUGUUCAUGGAUGGUGGGAGCCUGACCUCAGGACCAGGCUUCAUGGAGGGCUCUAGGUCCAGUGCAAACUGGUUUGGAUGAGGGGUAUUCAGAGGUACAUAGGACUGGACAGUGGACAAAGGAUGUUCUGUGGUCUCAUGUGUGUCUCUUCUGAUUUCCUGCCAGUAAGGGCUUACUGGGUAGAACUGCACUGAGGGCAGGGCUUAGUGCAAAUCACAACCAAGUUUCAACAGUUGGAUAAGGACAGGUCAAGCCAGAGGGUUAUGAAGAGGCAGGGGCCAGGCACUAGAAGGACCCCACCCGAGAUCUGCCUACAUCAGCUGUGAGAAGAGGGACCCAAAGGAGUCAGAAGAGGCUUCCCACCACAGCUACCAUAACAGGAUUCAGCCGGGGCUGGGCUAGCAGUCCUACCUCGGAUAGGAUGGGUACUAUGGCUGUGGAAAGAGCCACCAAUAAAUGUAUGUAUACUCA